AUGGCGACUCUCGGGCUUGACGCGGACGAGCUCAAGUCUGUGGAGCAGACGCUUUCCCGACUGGCGCAACUGUCCAGCAGCAUCCAGAGCUUGAAGAUGAGCAUCAUGAAGAGCAAUCCGUUGCCGCCCCCCUCCUCCCUCCAGGCAUCGGCCCAGAUCCUCCAGCGAAAUCUACAAACGGUGCUGCACAACCUCGGCGAGAACUCGGACCUAUUCUCUCGAAUCGCGAUACGCCCCUCUACCAACUAUCCGGGACGUACCCAGGAAAAUAUCCUGACGCAGCUGCUACGCAAAAAGCUCGAGCCGGACGUGGAAGGGCUCGUGUCCGAGGGUCUCGAGACGGCAACGCUUGCCACGGCCAAGGGCGUGGCAGAGCUGCAGGACAUAUGGGGCGAGCUGCGCGAAUGGACACACGGCUGCAUCGCCGCAUACGUUCGCGAUGAAGCGGCCGAUGUGUAUACGAAGGAGGAGCGUGAGCUGGGCGUGGACAGCGUUCGGACUGGACUGCGACGCGGGUUGGACGACGACAGCGACGACGACGACAACGAUGGCGCCGACGACGACGACGGCGAUGACGAGGAUAAGGAAGAAGACUCCGGGGAGAAGGGGAAGAAAGUGCCUUCCCGGGGGCCGGAGCCGGAGACGCUGCUCUGGUUCACGGCGCGAGGCGAUUUCGCCGUGACGCCCAAUAUCGAGUAUGGGAGGAAGGCGGGCAUGAUCCAAAAAGGACUUGAGGGGGUGAAUAUCCCACCGCACAGAGGACGAGAGAAUGCCUCGCCGCAAGGACCGGAAGGGGUUGCGUCGUCGUAA